AUGGCCAGUUUCAGCACUUUCGUCGAGAUACCCGCAGAGAUGCAAAACACAACCUUUGUCCAAGCCUUGGACCAUGCAAAGAACGUAUCAGAGGAUGCCUCGCCAAAGGCCUCCGAUACCAAGGCUGGCACAUCGAAAUGUGUCCACUUUGGCUAUCCUACCGAUCUCUACGACGCUUUCCAAGGCGAAGUGCACAAAAUCGAGCUUCUCAAAAAGGUUCUCGCAGACAAGGACAAACUCAUCAACAAGCGACUGACUUAUACUCAAGAGCUUGAAAUCCGACUAUUGAAAGAGCAGCGUCAGACCUCAAUCAUGCGUAAGAAGUAUGAGAAUGAACGUACACACUCUUACUACCUAUCGCAAACGUUGUCGAAAACUCAUGAGGAAGUAUUGUCCCUGCAAGCCCAAACAGCUAAUUCCGACCUCGUGAGGGACGCGCUGAGGGAGGAGCUUCACAAGAGAACAGAUACUAUCAACAACCUUGAGGAGCAGAAUCGCCAACUCAUGGCUGUUCUGACCGAGAGUGUAUCUCGCUUGCAUGAGCGUGUGCAAGAAACUUCCCACCAAAACUCAGCUGAGUGCGCAGAUGAGGGAACUUCUCAGAGCCUUGACAGUCAUGAAGGAUCUUCAACACAGGUGACUCAGACACUUUUGAAAUUUCAGAACACAUCGGCUUCCAUGCCUCUGACUACAACAAAACCUCUCCGCAGUAUCCUGAAGAGACCAACUACGGAUGAGCCAGCACCGACAACACUCAUAACCUCAGCGAUAACCUGGUUGCGGUCACAUAUCCAGCCAACCAAUAUACACCAGGUCUACUUUCACAAAGCUGAGUGUACCCCCAAACCCUCAAGUCCAGAGUUCAGAGAACGCGUCAAAAGACAGCUAAAUCUUGAGCAGAUGGCUCUUGCCAGAAACUACCUGGUCAGUCUCAAGUUGCCUGAAGCAACCGAAGACUCGGAGAUGAAUACACAAAGCUCGAGUUUUGAGUCUAGGAAGAGAAAACAAGAAAUGGAGGAACAUCGUACAUUUUCAAAGAAUCCUAUGCAGCGACUCAGAAUGGUGAGGAUGGAAUAA